AAGCGUUCACUCCCUCCACAGGAGCGCACAGAUUUUUGAAGGAACCAGUGGUGGGAAAAGCAAAGAUCCUGCAGAGAGCGUUUUGUAGCACUUUCAGAUGACUUCCUCUGCCACGUUAGACACAUUUCUGUAGCUGACAGAUCAGUUUGAAGGAUGUUUUAGGGAGACAUUGUCUCCAAAGGGCAUUUGGAGCGCGUAGUCUGAGCCCUUAUAAUGCGGAGAGAUCAAGUCUCAGUAGUUUGUCGGUAUGAACGCAGCGCAGACGGACCCUGAGAAACUGCUUUCAUGGAUUGACUGACUGACAGACUGAUUGAUUGGCAUUUGAUUGUUUAUUUUCCAAGAACAGAGGAUUUCCCUGUCGUAGAGUGUAAUUUAAAGAAAAUAUCGUGGAUUAAUAUUUGGAGUCGAGGAUUUCUUUUUUGCAUUGAAGGCGCGUCUUUAAUGAGGAUAUUGAUUUUUACAUUUAGCCUACGCCUGGGUUGCGGAUCUGAAGAGGGGAUCUAAUCUUUCACCAGGUGGAAAUAUUAUUAGUUUUUCUCCAGGACCCUAACUCAUCUCUGCUGCCGCUGAGUCCAACAUGAAGUCUGUCACCGUGUGGAUGUGCGUCUACAGCUUCCUUCUGCUCUUUGAUGAGGCAGCCAGUUCCUGGGGUGGUCCCUCUGCUCUGUCCAUGUCUUUGGCCAGUGGUUCUCCAGGAUCUCAAGGUGCCGGGUCCGGGCCUGGAGCACAGCCAGAGUGGGUGGACUGCAUCCAGGCAAGUGAUAUGUGCAACCAGAACCCGUACUGCAGCUCUCGGUACCGGGUGAUGCGCCAGUGCCUUGUGGGCAAAGAGAAGGAAGCCAUGCUGGACAACAACAGGGAGUGCCAGGCUGCUCUGGAAGUGCUGCUGGUUAGUCCUCUGUAUGACUGCCGCUGCAAGAGGGGCAUGAAGAAGGAGCUGCAGUGUCUGCAGAACUACUGGACCAUCCACAUGGGACUCACUGAAGGUGGAGACAUGGACGACUCCUCCCCUUAUGAACCUGUGGCUCCAAACCGGCAGCCUGAUGUGUUCCGCUUGGCCUCCAUCUCUUCAGGGAUGCUCACUGUGGCCCCGAAAGGUUUCCAAUGUCUCGAUCCAGAGAAAAACUGCAACCCCUGUCUUGACGCAGCCAAAGCCUGCAACCUCAACGGUAGCUGCAAAAGACAACGCUCGGCCUACAUCGCCACCUGCAGCAAGGAGGACCCGAACAAGGGUGAAACCUGCAAGAAGCGCUGCCACAAAGCUCUGAGGUUGUUCCUGGACCGUGUGCCAACUGAGUUCAGCCACCGGCUCCUCUUCUGCCCCUGCCAGAGUGAAGGCUGCGCGGAGCGUCGCAGGCAGACGAUUGUUCCUGAUUGCUCAUAUAAAGAUAAGGAGAAACCCAACUGUCUGGAGCUUCGUAGGGUCUGCCGCCAAGACUCUCUCUGCAGGUCAAGGCGGGCUGACUACAGGGUGAACUGCUGGAUGACUCCCCACACAGUGAGCACCUGUCCCAACCAAGACAAUCACCAGGCCUGCCUGGCCUCCUACGCAAGGCUCAUCGGGACAGAAAUGACUCCCAACUACGUCGACAGCAGCUACUCCAACUGGACUAUCUCCCCAUGGUGCACCUGUAAGGGCAGCGGAAAUCAAGAGGAGGAGUGUUUGAACUUCCUGGGCUACUUCACAGAUAACACAUGCCUAAGAAAUGCCAUCCAGGCCUUCGGUUAUGGGAUAGACAACAUGCAGAACAAAAAUGUGUCUGUCCCAGGCUCCUCAGUGGCCACAAAGACAGGAUCGGAUUGGUCAGCAGGCACCUCAGAACCUCCCUUCGUCACCAUCCCAAAGUAUCCUGAACCAAGAGACGGUGGCCUGGGUGAAACCAGGGGCCUGCCAGAGGAUCACUCCGGUUGUCUGAGUGCCAACGUCUGGGCUCUGCCUCCCGGCCUGACUUUGGCUCUGGUCCUGGCGGCCCAGCAUGCCUUAUAGAAGUGCCAGGAGGAGAAAAAAAAGAGGUCAUCCACCCACAAGCUGAUCCCGAAAGCAGAAGGUGUUAUUUCUAAGACUGAUAUUAAGAAGGCUGACUCUCUGGGCAGUUGACAUUAAAAGGCAUUUAAGAAGGAGGAAAAAAACAAAACCAAGGAAAGAUGCGGGAAAUAUUCAGAAUUUACAGUUGUGAAUUUGUUGUCCAUUUUGGUGUAAUGUUAGAGCGGACUACAACUGUGAUGAAUCACAUGACUUUAAAGGACCCUACAAGGGACUGUGAUGGCCACUUUUGGGAAAGACUCUCUUUGACUGAGAACCAAAAAACUGAGGACUGGAGCUGAUCAUGUCAAAGACUUCUGCACUUCUCUCACCGAAGGAGGGAGACGGGGAAUGAACAACAUAAUUAAAUGAAGACAAGGUUGACAGGAAUGAAAUUGUUACAGAGAGAAAAGAGAUUGAGCAGGAGGUAAAUGCAGUACAAAGAGAGAGAGAGAAAGAAGAGACAUAUUUCUGCUUUCAGUCACACUUUUUUUGUCUUGAAUUGGUUCUCGACUUAAUCUUCUCUUGGAUGAGCAGACCACAAAUUUAGAGGCUGGAAAAAGAGGGGGGAUGAUUACAUUCUGUCUGUUCAACACAAGUGUAAACUCUAAAUUGUAAAACCUACUCAAUGUUCUAAGUGUUGGUAUAGUAUCCGUGACCAUAAUCAAUCUACCGUACAACUCUUUCAUUUGGGUACUAUAGUAAGCUCUUGUUAGCAGGCGGAGGAAAGAACUACAGAAGUUACACGUUUAUGGUUCUUGGUCAUUUGAGAUGUUGUUGUUGACAUCUGUGGAUCAACGUCAACCUGCACAUGUGUACAUUUCUGUCUCUAUGUAUAUAAACCUCACUUUCUUUCAUUUAAACCAAACAAUAUCAUCAGUACCUUUAAUGAACUUUACUGUACGCUGAGAUGGCUCUGUAUUGGUACUAAAGAAAGGCCUCCAUUAUCUGCGUUUAUAUUUGUCUAUAAAGGUUCAAUCACAAAGAAUGUAUACAGGGAUGAGAUUAAAUGAGCUCAAACUGCUUGGAAAGCCA